UUGAGGAAAAAGGAGAAACACAAGCACAGUGCAGUGAGCAUAAUUGCCACAGUCAUGGCGGCAAGCAAACCUAUGCUCAAAGAAAACCCUCCACAGGUUCAACAAAACAAUCUUCUCAAGGAAUACUUUGAUGAGAAAGAACUUAAAUUUCGACAUGUUUCUGCGGACCAAUUCGCUGAUGUCUGGCUUCGAUAUGACCGAGAUGGAAAUGGAUUCAUUGAAGGAGAUGAAAUGCGCUUAUUCUUCUCUGAGCUUCUUGAAGCUAUUGUGCCCGCCGAACUUAAAAAGAGAAUGUUGAAAGAAGAAAUGGAUCAACUGAUUGCUGAACUUCGACAAAGUUUGGAUAAGAAUGAGGACGAUAAAAUUGACAUAGCCGAGGUGUGGAAAGUAUUCGAUAAAGAUAAGAGCGGCUAUAUAGAAGCGGAUGAAUUGAAAGAUUUUCUCAAGGAGCUCUUCAAGCAAUCUCCGAAAGGAAACACCAUUUCUGAAGAUAAAUUGAUUGAAUAUACCGAUAAUAUCCUUCGAAUAUUUGAUAAGAAUAAAGACAAAAAGCUUCAACUUAGCGAGAUGGCAAGACUUGUUCCAGUUAAGGAAAAUUUUCUUCGUAAGCCCUUUUUCAAAAGUGCGGAGAAAAUAACCGACGAUGAUAUUGAUCGAGUAUUCAGCUAUUAUGAUCAGGAUCAAAACGGUUACAUGCAAGACGAAGAGCUAGCAGCUUUUUUCAAAGACCUGCUUGAACUAACACAAGACGAUUACGAUGAUGAGGACUUGCGCUGUAUAAAGGACGCCAUACUUAGCGAUUGGGACGCUAAUAAAGAUGGAAAGAUUUAUACAGACGAGUUGAAGAUGAUGCUCCGUGUGCAACGCCAAAUGUCUGACAAGUAA